CUGCCUGUUUUUCCAAAAUUGAGCCACUGGCUGCUGCUCAAGCAAGGCACUUGCAUAGUAAUUCAUGUGUCUCUUCUGAAGAUUUGAGAACAGCAGAACACACAUUGGUUGAUUCUUCAAAACUUAGAAAAAGUAAUGCUAGCGUGGAUCCUCUGAAUUGUUGAGUGAUGCUUACUGAUGGAACUACAAGUACAAACUUCUUGUUUCACCAUUUGCAUGGUUCUAGCAAAGCUGCAAGAUGGUCUUUUGGAGCAUGCUGAUGGCAAUGGACAUUGGGUUUUAACCAUAUGUACUGCUCUAUCUCUUAUCAAUGGAGGAAAAUUAGUUAACCUUCGUGAGAGCUCUGGGAGCAUAUGCAGAAGGCUUCUCCGCAGAUCCUAUCAUCAGAAGAGCAUCUUAUCUGCGGAACAAACUCCAAACAUGAUUAAUUCGAGCUGGCCAAUGAGAAUGUCAGAAGUUUGCAGAGAGAUUAUCCUGGCAAAGAAAGAGCUAUGCAAGUGAGUAUCAAUUAAAUUCAAGACUGGGUCCCCCUGCUGUGACAUUCUUGCUGUUGUUAUUCCGACAGGAAUGCUCACAUGUGAGAUCCAGCUGACCGCAGUUCCCAUUAUGCUAGUUAUUGCUUUUUGUACACCAAAUGACGUAUCACCAUUUUUUUUUGGUAGCAGUUUCACCUUUUACUAUGUGGUUCACAUCCAUGGCUUUUCUUAAUUAUAUUAGAAUCGUUUUUUUUUUCUUUCAAGGAUCCUAUCCUGAAAGAUUUCCGAAGGGCGGCGUUAGUGCUAAACUCCAAGUGCUGAAGGUUCCACUCUAGAUUUGCAGCUAUAUAUCUCGAGGGUAAUUUGCUAAUUAAAAGCCCGUGCUUGUAUCCAUUUUCCAAGGUCAGUGUGCUUGAGGUUUUCAUCGAUAAAUAACUUUUUCAGAGUUUGACGACACAUUUUUAUCCAUGAACUUGACUCCUUGACCGUCCACUUCAAAAAUGGGAUCUGACUUUAUAUAUAUAUAUAAGGAGGGUAUAAUGUUUGUUUUCACAUGGUCUUGCUUGUUUGGUCUUUAAUUAUUAAUUACCCGGAGGGUAUAAUGUCUGUUUUCAUAUGGACUUGCUUGUUUGGUCUUUAAUUAUU